UCUGAUCAUUUGUCAAACAGGCCAAAAUUAUGAGUCAAUCAGCUGAAGGUUGAGGAUUUCCCUUCUUCAGAGCUCCGAGCGGGUCUCAGAGUUACAGUCGACCGACGAGUCGGAAAAAUGUUUCUCCGAAGAAUAGCGAGGCCAUUGGUGAUGAUGGCGAAAGUGAAGGAGACGACGGGGAUCGUAGGUCUUGAUGUUGUGCCAAAUGCGAGGGAAGUUCUGAUUAAUCUUUACAGGAAAACUCUAGAGGAGAUCAAGGCUGUGCCGGAGGACGAGGGAUACCGGAAAGCCGUGGAAAGCUUUACGCGCCACCGUCUUAGUGUCUGUCAGGAGGAAGCAGAUUCGGAAAUGAUCGAGAAGCGGCUUGGUUGUGGCCAGGUUGAAGAGUUAAUUGAGGAAGCUCAGGAUGAGCUUAAGCUCAUCGGCCACAUGAACGAGUGGAAACCUUGGGGUAUUCCCGAUGAUUAUGAGUGUGAAGUUAUAGAAAAUGAUGCUCCAGUGCCCAAGCACGUUCCCCUUCAUCGUUCUGGUCCUCUUCCUGAGGAGUUUUAUAAUACGCUAGAGAGUGUUACUUCUGGCAAAUUGGAGACUUCAAAGAAAGAUGAACCUGCAAUUGCAUCAGGUGAAUCACAAUCAAAGUAGAAUCUUCAGUGGUCUAUUUGUACUGAUCAAACCCAUGUCCGGAUCCAAAACUGAAUGUGCUCACUCAUUCUCCUCUGUGUGUUAUUUCUAUAUAAUCCUUUUUAUUGGUCCAACUGGAGUUUGUUGACACAAAAGCUUGAAUCAUUAGUUAAUAAGAACAAACCAAGCUGGUUACUGCAACGGGUGUAUUUAUUUCUUUAGUUUGCUAGAAAAGGGGUUUAAUCUUCGUAUAACUCCAACUGGUUUAUGUGCCAUACAUUUUUAUUUUGAACUUUUCUUGAAUGCUCAAUAAUCAGGACAUCGCUCUCGUUUGCCCGUUCUGGAAA